AUGAGAAUAUGGAGCUUUUGUUUAAUCUUGUUCCUUUCUAAUUCGAUACUUGUUUUGGCUUCUCAUGUUAGGCACUUGUGUCGUGCAGACCAGAAGAAUUCUCUUUUGGAGUUCAAGAACGAGUUCUAUAUCCAAGAACUCAUUUCCAAUGGGAUUGUUGGUGAUAAGAAGACAGAGAAGUGGAGGAACAACACUGACUGCUGCACUUGGGACGGUAUCUCUUGUGAUCCUAAAACGGGUAAGGUAGUAGAGUUAGACCUCAUGAACAGUUUUCUCAAUGGCCCUUUGAGAUAUGAUAGUAGCCUGUUUAGACUACAACAUCUUCACAGCCUUAAUCUUCGCUCGAAUAAUUUUUCGGGUAUUCUACCAGAUUCCAUAGGCAACCUCAAAUAUUUGAGGGUAUUGAGUCUUGGUGAUUGCAAUCUCUUUGGAAAGAUUCCUUCUUCGAUUGGAAAUCUUACUUAUCUCACUAAUCUUGAUCUUUCUGUUAAUGAGUUCACCGGUGAGCUACCGGAUUCAAUGGGGCAUCUAAACAAGCUAACAGAGUUGCAUCUUGGAUCAGCCAAGCUCAGUGGGAAAUUUCCUAGUGUGCUACUCAAUAUGAGCGAGCUCACCUGGAUCGACCUUGGUUCUAACCAGUUCGAAGGUAUGCUCCCAUCUAAUAUGAGUAGCCUUUCAAAACUAGUGUAUUUUGGGAUUACUGAAAAUUCUUUUUCUGGAUCUAUUCCAUCGUCUCUCUUCAUGCUUCCUUCAUUGACCUCUCUUGUCUUGGGAAGAAACAACUUCAACGGUCCUCUUGACUUUGGGAAUAUGUCUUCACCAUCUAACCUUGGAACUUUGUCUCUUCUAGAAAACAAUUUCAAUGGUCCAAUACCGAAGUCUAUAUCGAAACUAGUUGGACUUUUUUAUCUUGACCUCUCUUUAUGGAAUACAGAGAGAGCCAUGGUCGAUUUCAACAUCUUCUUGCAACUGGAGUCUCUUAUAUUCCUUGACCUCUCUUAUAUUAAUACAAGAAGCACACUUGACGUAAGCAUAUUCUCACCUCUCUUGUUACUUGGUUACUUGGAUCUUUCCGGGAUUAAUUUGAAGACCAGCUCUACUCUCAGUCUUCCCUCACCCAUGGGUACCUUGAUUUUAGCAUCCUGCAAUAUUGCUGAAUUCCCCAAGUUUCUAGAAAACCAAACCACUUUGAACUAUUUAGACAUCUCUGCCAAUAGAAUUGAAGGCCAAGUACCAGAAUGGUUGUGGAGUCUACCAGCUUUGCAGUAUGUAAACAUCUCUCAGAAUUCGUUCAGUGGUUUUGAAGGACCAGUGGAUGUUAUUCAAAGAUGUGGAAAACUAACCAUGCUUGAUAUAAGUUCAAACACAUUCCACCAUCCGUUUCCUUUGUUACCAAACUCUACAACGAUCUUUCUAGGCUCUGAUAAUCGGUUCUCGGGAGAGGUUCCUAGAGCAAUAUGCAAAUUGGUUUCUCUUGAUACACUUGUUCUAUCCAACAACAACUUCAACGGCUCUAUUCCUCGGUGUUUUGAAAAAUUUAAUACUACUCUUUCGGUCUUACAUCUUCGCAAUAACAACAUCUCCGGUACUUUUCCAGAGGAAUCUGUAAGUGAACACUUGAGAUCAGUUGAUGUUGGUCGCAACCAGUUAUCAGGAGAGCUUCCCAAGUCUUUGAUCAACUGCACUCGUCUCGAGUUUCUUAACGUGGAAGAUAACAGAAUCAGUGACAAGUUUCCAUUAUGGUUGAGAUCGUUGCCCAGUCUACAGAUUCUUGUUCUCCGUUCUAAUGACUUCCAUGGGCCAAUAUAUUUUCCUGGAGAGUCUUCGAGCUUCAACAAGCUGCGAAUCUUUGAUAUUUCAGAAAAUCGCUUCAGUGGAGUCUUGCCAUCAGAUUACUUUGCUGGUUGGAGUGCAAUGUCAUCAGUCUUAGACAUUGUAGACGUUAUCCCGAGUAGGUAUGCGGGACGUGACGACUCUGGAAACUAUCAAAACUCAGUGACUAUGACAAUUAAAGGAUUGACGUGGGAGCUUGUUGGGAGUGUUUUCGCAAUUUACAAAACCAUGGAUGUCUCCGGAAACAAAUUCGAAGGAGGUAUUCCUGAAUCCAUUGGUUUACUUAAGGAACUGAUUGUGCUCAAUAUGUCAAACAACGGUUUCACAAGUUCUAUUCCACCAGCUCUGUCAAACUUGACCGAUCUUGAAUCAUUGGAUCUAUCUAAAAACAAAUUAUCCGGCAAAAUCCCACCAGAGCUCGGGAAACUCACGUUUCUAGCACAGAUGAACUUCUCUUACAACAGGCUUGAAGGUCCAAUACCACAAGGCACUCAGAUACAAAGUCAAAAGAGCUCUUCAUUCGGAGAGAAUCUCGGGCUUUGCGAUCAGAGGAAUGCUCUUUGGGAGUUCAAGAACGAGUUCUAUGUCCAAGAGUUCAAUUCCAAUGGGAUUAUUGGCGAUAAGAAGACAGAGAAAUGGAGGAACACAACUGAUUGCUGUUCUUGGGAUGGUGUCUCUUGUGAUCCUAAGACAGGCAAGGUCGUUGAGUUAGACCUCGGGUUCAAUAAUCUCAACGGUCCUUUGAGAUUUAAUAGUAGCCUGUUUAGACUACAACAUCUUCAAAGCCUAGAUCUUAGCUUCAAUUAUCUCUCGGGUAUUCUACCAGAUUCCAUCAACAACCUGAAAUAUUUGAGGGAUUUGGAUCUUCGUGGUUGCAAGCUCUUUGGGAAGUUUCCUUCUUCACUCGGAAAUCUUUCUCAUCUCACGAAUCUUGAUCUUUCUGAUAAUGAGUUCACCGGUCAGUUGCCGGAUUCGAUGGGGUAUUUAAACAAGCUGACAGAGUUGGAUCUUCGAUCGACCAUGCUCAGUGGGAACUUCCCUCGUGUGCUACUCAACUUGAGCUCGCUCAUCUCAAUCGACCUUAGUUCUAACCAGUUAAAAGGUAUGCUCCCAUCUAACAACAUGAGUAGCCUCUCCAAACUGAAGUCUUUUAUGAUUAGUGGAAAUUCAUUUUAUGGAACCAUUCCCUCUUCUCUCUUCACGAUCCCUUCGCUGACUAGACUUGACCUAAGCAGAAACGACUUCACCGGUCCUCUUGAGAUUGGGAAUAUCUCUUCACAACCUAACCUUCGAUACUUAUACAUUGGAGAAAACAGUUUCAAUGGACCAAUCCCAAGAUCUAUAUCAAAACUAGUUGUACUCUCGGAUCUUAGCCUCUCUUUCUGGAACACAGGGAGGUCUAUUAAUGAUUUCAGCAUCUUCUUGCAUCUCAAGUCACUGACGUCACUUGAUCUUUCAGGAAUUAAUUUGAAGAUCAGUUCCACUCUCCAUUUUCCCUCACCUAUAGCAGAAUUGAUUAUAUCGUCCUGCAAUAUUUCUGAGUUUCCCAAGUUUAUACAAAACCAAACCAGUUUGCAGGUUUUAGACAUCUCUGCCAAUCAAAUUGAAGGCCAAAUACCAGAAUGGCUAUGGAGUCUUCCAGAGUUAGGGUAUGUAAACAUUGCUCAUAAUUCCUUCAGUGGAGAACUAACUAUUUUACCAAACUCUACCAUUAGUUACUUUAUAGGCUCUGAUAAUCAGUUUUCUGGAGAGAUUCCUCGAUCAAUAUGCAAAUUGGUUUCUCUUUGGACACUUGUUUUGUCCAACAACUUCAGCGGUCCUAUUCCAAGGUGUUUAGAGAAUUUUAAUUCUUCUCUUUGGAUCUUGCAUCUUCGGAAUAACNGCUCUGAUAAUCAGUUUUCUGGAGAGAUUCCUCGAUCAAUAUGCAAAUUGGUUUCUCUUUGGACACUUGUUUUGUCCAACAACAACUUCAGCGGUCCUAUUCCAAGGUGUUUUGAGAAUUUCAAUUCUUCUCUUUGGAUCUUGCAUCUUCGGAAUAACAGUCUCUCUGGUGUUAUUCCGGAGGAAAUUAUCAGUGAUCGCUUGAGAUCACUUGCUGUUGGUCGCAACCGGUUAUCAGGACAACUUCCCAAGUCUCUUAUCAACUGCACUCGUCUCGAGUUUCUUAACGUGGAAGAUAACCGAAUCAAGGACAACUUCCCAUUUUGGUUGAGCUUGAAGGUCCAAUACCACAAGCCACUCAUAUUCAAAGCCAGAAUAGCUCAUCGUUUACAGGGAAUCCCGGUCUAUGCGGUGUUCCUCUCCAAGAAAUUUGCAACCGAGAAGAAGAGACAACACAAGAGAAAGAUGAGAAGGAAGAAGAAGAUCAAGUAUUGA